AUGUCCGAUGACGACUUCAUGCAAGCGUCCGACGAUGAGGAGUAUGAUUUCGACUACGAGGACGAUGACGAUGACGAGGACUCUGGAGCGGUCGACAUCGAGAACAAGUACUACAAUGCCAAACAGAUGAAGCUAUCAGAGCCGGAAGAGGCCAUAGACGAGUUCUUGGGAGUACCCGAUCUAGAGCAAGAGAAGGGCGAUUGGGGCUUCAAAGGCCUGAAGCAAGCUAUUAAGCUCGAGUUCAAGCUAAAGCGCUAUGAGAGGGCAAGCGAACACUAUGCCGAGCUUCUCACCUACGUCAAAUCCGCCGUCACUCGAAAUUACUCUGAGAAGUCCAUCAACAACAUGUUGGACUACAUCGAGAAGAGCUCCGACGACCCGGAGGCAGCCAAAUGCAUGGAGAACUUCUACUCUCUCACCCUGAAGUGCUUUCAGAACACAAACAACGAGCGGCUCUGGCUCAAGACCAACAUCAAGCUCGCCAAACUCCUCCUCGACCGGAAAGAUUACCACUCCGUCAUGAAGAAGCUUAAGGAUCUUCACAAGGCGUGCCAGAAGGAGGAUGGCAGCGAUGAUCCCAGCAAGGGCACUUACUCUCUCGAGAUCUACGCCCUGGAGAUUCAGAUGUACGCCGAGACAAAGAACAACAAGCAAUUGAAGCGGCUCUAUCAGCGUGCGCUCAAGGUACGCUCGGCUGUACCACAUCCCAAGAUCAUGGGUAUCAUUCGAGAGUGCGGUGGCAAGAUGCACAUGAGCGAAGAGAAUUGGAAGGACGCACAGAGCGAUUUCUUUGAGUCGUUCCGUAACUACGAUGAGGCGGGCUCGCUCCAGCGAAUCCAGGUGCUCAAGUACCUGCUCCUCACCACUAUUCUGAUGGGCUCGGAUAUCAACCCAUUCGAUUCCCAGGAAACCAAGCCCUACAAGAACGACCCUCGCAUCGCAGCCAUGACCGAGCUGGUGGAUGCUUACCAGAGGGAUGACAUCCACAAGUACGAGGAUGUAUUGCAAAAGAACGAGGAUCUGCUCGCAGAUCCUUUCAUCGCCGAAAACAUCGACGAGGUCACACGCAACAUGCGCACCAAGGCAGUCCUCAAACUCAUUGCCCCCUACACUCGGAUGAGGCUCUCUUGGAUCGCGAAGCAGCUCCGUAUCAGCGAGGCCGAAACCCAGGACAUUCUGGGCUUCCUUGUUGUCGAUGGCAAAAUCGCUGGCAAGAUUGAUGAGCAGACCGGCACCCUCGAGAUCGAGUCGUCGGCCAAUGGUGAACGCAUCCAGAGUAUACAGGCCCUGUCUGAGAACAUGGCGUCCUUGUACGCCACUGUUUUCAGGGACUCAGACGGCUUCAGAACAGGGCACGAAUUCAUAACGGAGUGGGAAAGCGGACAAGAGGUCAAUCUGGCAGCGAGGACACGAACGGCCGGCAGAGGCGGUCCGAUGCGCAAAGGCAAGAGCAAUUGGGGCGCUAUGGUCUCUUAG